AUGGUUUGUCCUCAAAACUUGUCGCUCCGCAAUCCUCAUCAACAAUUCUUGUCGAAGCGACCGACUUCUCGCUCGCGAGCUUGGAAGAAAACACACCCGAAAAUCUUUGUUCAGAACUUCCCAACUGAACAGCGGCUUCCCCGAUCAGUGUUGGCAACUAACCGUUUGGAGUUUGAGAAGAGACCAAGAGAAGAUAAUCCGUGCAAGAAUUACCAGCCGCUGAGUGUACCCAAACGCUCCAGACAAACCCAGCCAAACGUCCGAUACCGAAAUCCUCCACACAGCUUUGAAUCUGAUCAUCCAUCUAUCGAGGCAGUUGAACAUGACAAACCCGACUUACAAGGACCUGAAGACGGCCAAGAUGUUCAUGAAGAGUCCGGCUUUGGCAGUGACAAAUGUCCUAGUGAUUGUAAUGAUCUAGACAACAAGCGCCCUAACGAUCUAGAUGAACAUGUUGAUGAUCUUUCAGAGCAAGAACAGGCCUCUGAGACAGCGUCUGACAACUGUGAUCCUGAAGUUUUACCUGAGGUUGCGCCACAAUACAAUGACCCUCGGGUCCCUGAACCGGCUUUUAGCAUGGACAACUACAGCGCAAGAGAUGUCGAUCACUGGGCUAGAACUCUGUCGGCCGAUCAAUUUGAACAACUACGAAUCUUAGGACCUGCAAGCCGGAUUGAAUCUUUCCGGCAAUAUGCCAUCUCCAAUCUUGAUCGACCGACUCAGACGCUUAGCUCAUCAACCCAUGAACACCUUGACCAACCGGUUCUUCCAUCUAGUGGCGGCAAAGACAACAGUGAUUACCACCACCACCAGCCUGAUGACAUUGGCAGCAACAAUUUUGACCAACAGCAGCUUGCAACUCCAGAUGAUGAGUCAAGAUCUACGUUCUACAAUCACUCGGACGACUGCAACUCUCAUCUAGAGGCAUUUGACGACAACGGUUUUGAUGACGGCAGAUUUGACAAUGGUGGAUUUGAUGACGGUGGUUUUGAUGGUGGAUUUGACAAUGGCGGUUUUGAUGAUGGGGGAUUUGAUGACAGCGGUUUUGACGAUGGCGGCUUUGAUGAUGGCGGCUUUGAUGAUGGCGGCUUUGACGAUGGCGGCUUUGACGAUGGCGGCUUUGAAGAUGGUGGUUUUAUGAUGGCUAUGGUCACAUGGUGUGACUCGGCUGCGGCUCAGCCAGCCGGAGGAGACUACAUCCGUCUCCUCCGGGCCACACCUAGUGGAAUCCAUACCGAUAUACACACUGAAGCUCCUACAGCUCCUACUCCAACCACUCAAGCGCUUGGGAAUUGGGCCGCUUUGGCAAGCCGCAAAUGGUGUCGAGCUGGCCUGCAAUUUAUAAAUUUAAAUCCGGCCCUGUCCGGCCAUUUCGGGGGAGGAGCACACAAAACCAUCGAAUGGCCGAACCAGCCGGAGGCAAUUCAAGGGAAUCGUGAUGGGACAUCAGCAGAGGGUUUGCUUAUCAUCAUAAAAGCUGCCUCUCUUUCGCUUGACCAUCGACUUCCUCCUCUCUCCCCACUGACUCCCAAAGACCCAUUGACCAAGACUAUUUCUCCCCAAGUUGAUCAAAGCCGACUUCAAGCUUGUAUACCUCUUUCGAUACAAAGUACAAUCACCAUGAAUUACCUGUUGGCUAUUAUUGCUUGUAUUUUGACUCUCAUCAAUACCCUGCGAGGCGCACCAGCCUCAGUUGGCUCUGGGGACCUCCGUCCCAAGCACACUCACGACACCAGACGCGUUCUUGGCUAUAACCCCACACCUGGCUCCCUCCCCAAUCAACCAAUUACCGGCUGUUGCUAGAAAAAGACAACGAGGAUUGAAAACAUAGUCGAGUCGUGCUGGGCUGUCUAGUCAUUCAGACGACGAGUUCGAUCCAAUUGGUCAAUCGAUCACCCGAGAGAAUCACCAAUCAAAUCGAUCCGGAUCUUGCUGGACUUUGUAUUCUACUUUCUUGGAAAAAUAAAUCUGGCUCUUUUUUAUCGUCAUCAACGUUUAUGAUUGUUGAAGGCGGAAAGAAAAGAAGAAGUGCUACUCCUUUAUGAAAGAAUACGUUACUCAAAGCGA